AUGGAGGUAAAAGUAAUCAAGAUCACCCGAGUCAGCCCCGCAACUGAUUCGUCCCGCGACUCAGCAGACCCAUUCAUUCUCCCACUCACCUAUUACGACUUGAGGUGGGUAAGAUCUCAUCCUACACAGCAAGUCAUCUUCUACAAACUAUCAGAGUCAUCUCGCAAGUUUUUCCACUCCGUGAUCCUCCCUAAGCUCGAGUCAUCUCUCUCCCUCGUCCUCCACCACUACUUCCCAUUGGCUGGUCACCUCAAGUGGAACCUACAAGAUUCUAAGCCCCACAUUGUUGUUUUCAGCCACGACACUGUCUCACUAACAGUAGCUGAGUCCAACGCUGAUUUUCACUUUAUUUCCAGCAAGGGACUACGUCAACAAAGGCAUUUACGUGUCUUGGUGCCGGAGUUAUCGGUUUCGUGUGACUCUACAUCUCUAUAUUCUCUACAAAUCACAUUGUUCCCUAACCAAGGUUUUUGCAUCGGUCUAGCAGAACAUCAUGUUUUGAAGGAUGGUGUAGGAUCUAUAAUGUUUAUCAAAGCAUGGGGUCACAUUUGUAAAUCAUUGGGACACGGAACAAUGACUUUACCUAGUGACUUUACUCCAAUAAUUGAUCGUACUCUCAUCAAAGUUCGGUCCAGUCUUGAAUCCAAGAUUUUGGAAUACGUGUCAUACUUUUUAGAUGAAAAAGAUGGGAAGAGAACCAUGAAGCCGCUUCAAGUGGGAGAGAUUUGUAACGACCUUGUUAGGAUCACACUAGAGCUGACUCAGGAGAAAGUCAACAAACUCAAAGAGCAAGUGAAGAGAGAGUCAACUCGUUCUCAGCAUGAGCUACAUUUAUCAACGUUCGUUAUAGUAAACGCCUAUAUCUGGAGCUGCCUGGUGAAGGCGCGUGGAGGCAGCAAAGAGAGACCGUUGCUCUUCAUGUACGCAGCUGAUUUCAGGAACCGGUUAGAUCCACCGGUUCCUGAAAGGUACUUGGGGAAUUGUGUGGUCCUUAUCAAUUGCAUUGGCUACAAAGCAAAUAAGUUAUUGGGAAGAAAUGGUUUUAUUAACGCUGUUGAGAUUCUUAGUGACUCAGUUAUAGGUGUGGGUUCAAGAGGGAUUGAAGCACUUUGGGAAUCCUACUUUGAUGGAAUGAAGCAAGUGAAACCGGAUACUUAUGUUGAGUCUGUCUCUGGGUCGACCCGGAUGGGGUUUUACGGGGCGGAUUUCGGGUGGGGAAAACCGGUUAACCAUGAGAUUGUGUCCAUUGAUAGGUAUCCAGCGUUUUCUAUGUUGGAGAGGAGGGAUGAGAUCGGUGGCGCUGAGAUUGGUUUGUGUUUGAAGAAGAGUGAGAUGGAAACUUUUAUUUCUCUGUUUGAAAAUGGUUUAGGAAUAAUUGCAUCACGUAUUUAA